UUGACUUCUACGUUUACGUUUACGUUUGUGUUUUCUCAUUUAUAAAGAAGAAAAUGCUUUACACUUAUCCUCUUUUGCAUUUAAAAACUUCUCUUGCUUUUGUUCUAUGUUCUUGAUGAUUCCUAAGUUAUUGACACCAAGAUACUGCCAAUAUAUAUAACCCAUGACUUAAAGUUUCUUCCUUUGAACUAUCUGCAAAUCAAUUUUCCCAUUUUCUUUCUGUUAUCUGAAAAUGGGAAACUGUCUUUCAAUCUCGGAUGCAUCAGAAAAGAUUCUCAAAGCACUUCCCAUCGACACUGCCUUUAAGUUUCCAUCACCAUUGCCUUAUUUCACUCAAGGUGGUGAGUUUGCGAAAGGAACCAUUGACUUGGGAGGUCUAGAGGUUAGCCAAAUCUCGACGUUUAACAAGGUUUGGUCUACUUAUGAAGGAGGACCAGACAACCUCGGUGCUACCUUCUUUGAACCAUCCUCGAUCCCUUCCGGUUACUCCGUUCUCGGUUACUACGCUCAACCAAACAACCGUCAACUAUUCGGUUGGGUACUCAUAGCUAGAGAUCUCUCAGGCAACAACACAUUGAAACCCCCUGUAGAUUACACCCUUGUCGGAAACACCGAGUCGCUCAAGAUCAAACAAGACGGACCUGGCUAUUUCUGGCAGCCUGUGGCCCCUGAUGGAUAUCAAGCUAUUGGUCUAAUAGUCACAAACUCUUCACAAAAGCCUCCUCUAGACAAACUAAGCUGUGUUCGGUCGGACUUAACCGAACAAUGUGAAGCUGAUACAUUGAUAUGGGAUUCGAACGGAGUCAAAGUCUCGAGCCUCAGACCAACCAUUAGAGGAACACAAGCUACAGGGGUCUUUGUAGGUACAUUCACAUGGCAACCUCAAAACACAUCUCCUCCAUCUUUAUCUUGCUUGAAGAACACGAAACUAAACUUCUCUACAAUGCCUAAUGGGUCCCAAACCGGAGUCUUGUUCAACACGUAUUCUCCAUUGAUAUAUCUCCACCCAGACGAAGAAUACCUACCUUCCUCUGUUAACUGGUACUUCAGCAACGGUGGCUUGCUUUACAAGCGAGGCGAAGAAUCAAACCCUAACCCUAUCGAACCUAACGGUACGAAUCUUCCACAAGGCGGAGCUAACGAUGGAUCAUACUGGCUAGACCUUCCUAUAGACAAAAAGGGCAAAGAGAGUGUGAAGAAAGGUGACUUGCAGAGCACGCAAGCGUAUCUCCACAUCAAACCAAUGCUCGGAGCAACGUUUACAGACAUAGCCACAUGGAUAUGUAAGUAAGGACAGCCCAAUGGGCCACGAAGAAAAGAAGAAGAUGACGGGCCCAGAGCAGAAACAGAGUAAGACAAAACAAAGAGAGACGUUGAGGAAGAAGACGAGCUCGAGUACGGAAAAGGAGACGCUCUCUCUCUGUAACAGAUUUGAUCCUUUGUGUGACUGAUCUAUGACAGCUGUGUAAAGCUGUGGAUAGGAUCUAGAUUGUUCUCAAGGUCUGUAUAAAAAGAGUUGUAAUGUGAGUGUAAGAAGGCAAGCAAAAUAAGAGUAAAACGUUUAAGAAAUCUCUCUCAGUUUAUAUCUUUAUCAUGGUAUCAGAGCUGCAGUCGAUCUGUGGACUCAAAAAAAAAAAAAAAAAAGUGUCACCUUGAUUUAUGCUUCUGUCAAACCGACAAUACUCACCCAGACAGCUUUAAGCUUCCGACAAACAGAUCCAGACAAGAAGAAAGUUUCUUCUUUCUCAAGUGCUCGUGUCUUCAUUCUUCUCAAGCAUUGGCGGGCUCCAGGAGUAACAGCCGACCAGAAGAAGACCGUCGCGGAGCAUCUUGCCAGCGUCUUCCCUCACCGGAAAAAAAAAAAACUGAGACUUGGUUUCUCUUCUCACAAAGGCAGAAGUUUUAUGUCUCCUCUUCAACAUUGAUCUUCAGUAGAUGCAAUACUCCAAGGUGCUUUGCUGGGACGACCUCAUAAGGGGCCAGAAAGAAAGAGGACUUCAUCUUCUUGAAAAUUCAGCUUCCACACCAUUAUCCACGGUAUCAUCUAUGUUUCUCUCAUUUGCGACAGAGGAUGGAAAAUUGUUGUGUCUUGGAUUGUCUUGCUGGCUGGUUUAGAUUCAUAGGUCUGGAACCUGAAGUUAAAUGAGUAGGCUGCGGUUGGUUAUAACAAUGGGUUUAUGGCAGCAAGUCUGGUUUUGUUAAAGCACACAAGCUGUUCGCUGAAAUGCCAACGAGACAAUCAGAUUGUUUAAAGACAGAGUUUUGGUGCUAUAUUGAUGGGAAUCAGAGAGUUAUAGGAUGGUUUAGUAAGUGUGGAAAGAGAGUUUGCUUCUUCAUAAGACAUAGUAAGAAAUAGGUAAAGUAAGCCUAGAUUCAUAGUGAGACAAAAAGGUCACAAUUAUACCUCUGAGUGAGAUCAACUAAGCUCUCCAAGUUCAAAAGAAACCUCUGAGUGAAGCCAUGUGAUACUCUCCAAGUAUAGGCCUGAAUAGAUCUCACACUUAGUUUGUUUUCCAUGAAGAAGAAGAGCCAUUUGCCUACACUACAAGCAUCCUACUUCAACUCGUCAUGUCUCCUUUAAAGCCAUCUUCAGGUGCAUUCAAACUUGUCAGCUUGGUACUCACCCGCUGCCAAGUUUGCGGGGGGAGUAUUGAAGUGAAGCCCAAACCAAUGUUAAGCAGCCCAAUAGUAUGUCAUAGUCCAUAUGUUUAGGGUUCUUUCCUAAUGCAUAUAUAUAUGAGUUAUGUCUUUCUAUCUCGGUAACUAAGGCUGCGGUUUGUGCAGCCAAAACCAUAUCUUUAUGAAUAUCAUUUCAGAAUCA